UGGUCGGGCCGGUUGUGUCGGCUGUGCGGGGAUCGCGGCGCGGCGAGCGUGGCAGGUGUGGCUGAGCUCGGCGUUCGUUGUGCUGCGAGCGCUGUCGCCUUCCCUUCGCGAGUCGUGGCGUCGGUGUUUCAGUGAGUGGUCGGCCUGUGUGUGCGUUGCCCGUGACCACUCUGCGUUGCCGGGUGAUAGACACUCAAACGACCGCGGGAAGCAUGCGUUGGACGAGCGGCAGCUUCGUGAGGUGACAGUCAGUCGGCAUCGGAGACGCAUAGUGCAUCGAGGAGGCUGUGUUAUAAUGACCACGCGCGCUGCACUGCGACCACCACAAUGAACAGAUUCUCCAUCCGGAUUUUCGGCGCAGGCCUGACCCUGGUCCUCUUGUGGGACCUGGCGUGCGGGGCCUCGCAGGUCUUCCUGAAUGGAUCCACGCGCCUCCUGUUGAACGACUCGCAGCCCAUGCUGAGUACGAUCACCAGCCUGACCUUCCGAACGUGUAGCAAUGGAACGAUACUGCGGCAGAGCUUCGGCAACGACUCCAUCUCGGUGGCCGUCCUCUCGAACGGCCCGCUUGAGCUCAGCUGGUUCGUCAACGGGCUCAAGGAUUCCGUCGUGGUGGGUGCCAAUGUGACGGACAAUCAGCUGCACUGGGUGUCCAUACGCCCCAUGUAUGGCCUCGUGUGGCUGCACGUUGGCGAACAUGAGCCGGUGCUCAUGGCCAGUGACGCCAUCAGGCCCUACCUGCUCUCUGUGGCGUCGCAAGCUGCUGUGUCGACGGUGGUGGCACCUUUUGGGUUUCGUGGCUGCCUAUCCGGAGGUGCCAACCUCAUCCUGGAGACUGCACACGCUGUCGGAAGCCCGGCGUGGGGCUCUUGCCCUCUGCCAGAUGGGCAGCAUUGCAAAGACCACCGGAGGGACCCAUGCUUUGACUACCACUGCCAACAUGGUGGCUUGUGUGUACUGCAACAGGGAGUGCCCAAGUGUAACUGCACAGCCAGAUACAGUGGCGAGCAUUGUGAAAAAGAUGAGGGACCUCUAUGUGACCGUGACCCGUGGAAGAAGAAGCCAUGUGUCAACGGUGGUGUCUGUGUGGAGGACUGGCGGGGUAAUAGCACUCGUUGCCUGUGCCGUGGGCCGUGGAGUGGCAGCGCAUGCCAAGAGCCUGCACCUGAUGCCCAGUGUGAUCAGCCAGCCAAAGGGUGCAGGAAUGGGGGCAGCUGCGUGACUGGCAGUGCCCAGAGUCGCACCUUCUGCCAGUGCCCGCCAGGGUAUGCUGGCAUCUACUGUGAGCAGCAUGUUGGCGAGUGCCAGCUGGGCUUGUGCCACCACGGUGGUGUCUGCACCGAAGGCCCUGUUGGGCCCCUCUGCAACUGCCAGAACACUGGCUAUCGUGGUCCCUUGUGUGACGAGGACGUCGAUGAAUGUGCGGAGGAGAGCGUCUGCUUGAAUGGUGGCAGCUGUGUCAACCAGCCAGGAAGCUUCGAGUGCGUCUGCCCGCCGGGAUUUGGGGGACCCCACUGUGAGCAGGCUGUGGGCCCCUGCAAGGACAACUCUCCCUGCAUGCACAACGGCACCUGCCAAGAGGUUGACGGGGGCCUUAGCGGCAACUCCACCUUCACCUGCCUCUGUAGUGGCCUCCACUCGGGGCGCCACUGCGAGGUGCCUCGGGCACCUUGCACGCAUUGGAGCUGUACCCACGGCAUGCAGUGCAGAGCGCAGCUUUGGUGUGGCUGCUUGCCUGGAUAUCGAGAGGAUCCUGCCUUGGGCCAGUGCGUGCGGCUGUCCAACUGCUCAUCACUUACGAACCCGUGUUUGCACGGCGGCACGUGCUAUGACUCUAUCCAGACUACAUCACUGCUGACUGGAGGGCGGCCAUCCUACCAGUGCUUCUGCCCAGAUGGCUUCCGCGGAAAUCACUGUGAGCUCGCCCUCACCAGUGACCCCUGUGAUAUCAAUCCCUGCCAGAAUGGAGCCACGUGCCGCUCGGACCAGUGGGGGGCUGUGUGCCUCUGUCUGCCAGGGUACUCGGGCGAUCUGUGUGAGCUGAAGGAUGACCUGUGCGUCAGCAGCCCAUGCCUUAACGGAGGAACCUGCCUUGGCUUGGUGAACGACUUUGUCUGCAAGUGUGAAAGGGGCUGGACAGGAAAGCGGUGUGACCGACAGCAUGAUCCCUGCCGUGGAGCCAAUCCCUGUCUGCAUGGUACCUGCCACACCCUCUUGGGAGGCCGCUUCCACUGCCAGUGUCUGCCGGGGUACUCGGGUGAGCUGUGCGAGAGGAGGAACGUUUGUACGGCUGACUGUAUCAAUGGAACCUCGCUGUGCCAUGAACAGGGUUGGCAGUGCGACUGCCAAUACGAUGGAGAGACAUGUGGAAGGGAUGCAGUCGUGUCGGCUGCUCCCGGUCCCUGCAGUUCACGGCCAUGUGCAAACAAUGCCACCUGCCGCCUCAGUGAACUGGAGCCCCUGGGCUUUGUGUGUGCCUGCCCUCUGGGGCUGGUGGGCAAUCGCUGCGAACACGAUGUGGACGAAUGUGCGGGUCAUAAGUGUCCCAAUGGAAUGCAGUGCUUAGACAAGCUGCGUGGAUAUGAGUGCAGAUGUUCCGACCCUCAAGGCACAUGCGGAAGCUUCGCUCGAGGCUGUCAUCCAAAUCCAUGCGUGUCUGCUGACUCUGUGUGCCAAGAAACGGAUGAAUUGGGCAGCUUCCACUGUGAGUGCCCCCGUGGCUACCAGGGCUCGCGAUGCGCAGAAGACGUGGACGAGUGUGCAGCUCACAUCUGCGAACAUGACGGCCUCUGUCGCAACAAGCCGGGAAAGUUUGAGUGCUACUGUCGACCCGGAUACACAGGAACACGCUGCCACAUUGAGGUGAAUGAGUGCCUCUCACAGCCCUGCCUCAAUGGAGCGACCUGUGUGGACGGGGUGAACGAGUACAAGUGCAUCUGCCCUGGUGGCUAUCUGGGUGACCACUGCGAGAUAGACUUUAACGAGUGUGCCUCCAGUCCCUGCAUGCACGGGGCUACCUGCCUGGACCAGGUCAAUGGAUUUCGUUGCAACUGUCCUGCGGGCUACGAGGGUACUCGCUGUGAAAUUGAUAUUGACGAGUGCCAAUCGGGACCAUGCCUCAACGGAGCAGGUUGCCUGGAUCUUGUCAAUGGGUAUGAGUGCAACUGCACUGACACGGGCUUUGAAGGGGCACACUGUGAGCGGAACAUUGAUGACUGCUACCCGGGUGCCUGCCAGCAUGGCGGCACGUGCGAAGACCGUGUGCGUGGUUUCCAUUGCCACUGCCAUGAGGCCUAUGAGGGCAGUUCCUGUGAAAUUGACAUACCGGACUGUGACCCCCCAAGGCCGUCGACGCCACCCUGCGAGAACGGGGCUGCCUGUCUCGAGCGCUCCAAUACGAGUCUCUACCGAGAAAACUAUCUGGGGCUCUUCCCGAGCUUCAGCUAUGCUACGGCUGCCGGAUACGUGUGCCUCUGCCCACCCGGAUUCAAUGGGACGAGAUGCGAAAACAACAUCGAUGACUGUCCGGGCCACAACUGCAGCGUCUAUGGCCACUGUGUCGACCUGGUGAAUGCAUAUCGCUGCGAGUGUCAGGCCGGUUAUGAAGGCGUGGACUGUGCAACUGAGGUGAAUGAAUGCGAGGCGUACCAACCGUGCCGCAAUGGUGCCACCUGCCAUGACAAGGUUGCCGACUAUGAAUGCACAUGUGCUGAUGGGUAUGGUGACAAGAACUGCUCAACACUUCUGCUUGGCUGCCGAAAAGCACCGUGUCUGAAUGAUGCCCGCUGUGAGCCACUAUUGACAGAUGACAGGCAGCACUCGUACCGCUGCCAUUGCCUGCCGGGAUUUGCUGGCAACACCUGCCAGACAGUUACAACUGCGUCACUGAACAAUGAAUCUACCUGGGACCUCAAUGUUGAGCGACAGCGUGAAGGGCCACUGGACCAUCACAAGUUGAGGAUGCAAUUCCGAACAACCCUUCCAGCGGGCCUGUUAGCACGCGUGGCCAUGGACAAAAGUCGCGUGCUGUUGGUUACCCUGUCGGAAGGCCACAUACUUGUAAAGUCUGCAGAUGACUCGUUGUCUGUCACUGUCGGCAAAGGGCUGAACAAUGCUGAAUGGAAUGAAUUGAAUCUGGAAAUGUCAUUGGGAUCGAUAUUCUUGUCCCUGACCGAAGGCCCUAAUGCAACAGCUUCGUUGCCCGGCUAUGAUCCAGCGACGCCACUGGUUUCAGUUGUCCUUGGAAGUGGACAGUCUCACCGAGAUACCUUGAACGGCAUUGCAAGUUUGCAGAAACAGAGCAGAAGCAGCUUCGUGGGAUGCUUAAGAGAAGUGUGGCUUGAUGGAGCGUUGCAGUUGCCACGGGACCAGGUUGGGAUGUCUGAAGGUUGUCCACGUGAGGAGCAGUGCGUUGUAGACACAUGCAGUGGCCAGGGCAACUGUGUGGAUCUCUGGAACCAGCAUGAGUGCCACUGCCGGCGACCCUACUAUGGCGAGCGAUGCGACAACACAUUGCUCGAGUGUACGCGCUUUAGCGACCGUUUGGGACGGGUCGUCCGAAAGCGCGUAUGCGACAGCCACGUUAAAUGGAUUGGAGCUGCUAAUAUUGCUGGAAUGCAGAGCGGAGUUUGUUUGACGGCGUAUUUUGUUUGCGCGGCCUGUGUUGCCUGUUUGCAGCUCAAUGACCGGCCCAUCCAGCUGCUGAAGACGGAAGAUCCGGAGGGAAUCGAUAGCAAUAACUCUUUGGCUGUACCAGUGCUGAGUCUGAACGUGCAGAACGGAGUAGUGGGCGAUGACGUCUGCAACAACAGUCAGGACCCGCCCUGCCGCAACAAUGGAACGUGCGAGGACAUCUGGAAUGCCUACGAGUGUGUGUGCCCACCUUCUUAUCGUGGGAACCGCUGUGAGGAGGUCAAACCAUGUGUUCUUAAUGGAUGCCCAGAAGAAAGCACUUGCCAAGAUUUGGAGCAAGGAUUUGAGUGUGUGUCUUCAGCCACAUUUGAUGCCGACCGCAGAGUGCCCUUUCGCUAUCGGGCAUCCCUGUCAAGUGAGCCCAGGCUAGACAGCGUGUCCAUGCGGUUCCGAACACGCUCCCCAAAUGGCAACCUCUUGUGGCUGGCCUCUGGUUCAGGCAGCAGUCCCUUCUUCUCACUAUCAUUAGUUGACAGUCAAGUGGAAGCUCGCUGGCAGUUCAACAGUGGAGAGCAAAGACUGCGCUUUGGGACCAAUGUCACACAGGGAGAGUGGCAGGAGUUGCGGCUGAAUGUCAGCAACACCACUGUAAAUGCCACUCUUGUUCCGGGUGAUCUACAGACACUCCUCAGGACAGAUAAUGGGUUGCUAAGCCUGUCGAACCUUUUGACAUAUAUUGUUCUCGCUGGUGACACCGCUGAAGUCUCCUCACAAGGCCAUGGCAAUGUUCCAUUUGAGGGCUGCCUCGAGGAGGUGCGUCUUGGUGGUAUCCUCUUGCCAUUCUUCACAUCUGACCAUCUUAGAACCAACAGCACCGCCACCUGGGACCGUUUUGAGCUUGUUGGUUUGGACGAGCCGACGGCAGGUUGCAUUCUUUGUCGAUCCGAUCAGUGCGCCCACGGCGGGUCUUGCCAGCACCCGCUGGAGUCGUAUGUCUGUGUCUGCCCACCAGCCUAUGAGGGGGAACGGUGUGAACUGGAUGUGGAUGAGUGUGUGACCAACCCCUGCCUCCAAGGAGCACCGUGCAUCAAUCUGGAUGGAGGUUUCCGGUGCGACUGCCCUGCUGGCUACACUGGCAAGCGGUGUGAGGAGCGCAUCUUGUACUGCAGCGAGAACAACAGCCCAUGCAAGAAUGGGGCCACCUGCUCAGAGGGUGAACCGGGCCACUUCAGCUGCCUGUGCACCGACGACUUUGAAGGCCAAAACUGCACUGACAGGAAGGUCAUCACGUGUAACCAAGCUCCCUGUCAGAACAAUGGAAUGUGCUAUGCUCAGGAACCCAUUGGAAAGAUGGCUUACCGGUGCGAGUGUGAGCAUGGCUUUGAGGGAACCAACUGCGAGCGUGCCCGUGACUUCUGUGAGAGUGCACCGUGCCUGCAUGGUGCCGCCUGUGAGAGUGAACGAGGGGGUCACCGAUGCAUCUGCGUGGAUGGCUACAGGGGCGAUAACUGUGGUGAACUCAUAGACUACUGUCUCGAGCCUUCGCCCAACGGCCCGUGCCUCCACGGGGGACGUUGUGUGCCGCACGUGGGGGGCUUCACGUGUGACUGUGAAGGCACUGGCUACGAGGGUGCUCAUUGCGAGACAAACGUGAACGAGUGUGCGCUGGAGGUGACCCCUUGUGAGCACGGUAGCACGUGUGUCGACGCUGAGGGCUCGUACAAAUGUACGUGCACCAGUGGUCGCUUUGGCCGCCACUGCGAGCACAAUGACACUUGCCACCUGGAGGAGCCGUGCCGUAACGAGGCCCCCUGCACGCCACUGGCUGAGGGGCGCUUCUUCUGCAACUGCACGCCUGGCUACCAUGGGCUCACCUGUGCACUCCUGGUGAGCAGCGCCUCACUGGACAGCACGGACCUGAAGCUGGUGAUUGGCCUUACAGUGGCAUGUGUGUUCCUGCUGGCAUUCAUUGUGGGGGCCACGGUGUUCCUGCGCAUGGCCAAGAAGAAGCGUGCAACCCGUGGCACCUACAGCCCAAGCAACCAGGAAAUGUUUGGCGCACGUGUCGAGAUGAAUCCCGUGAUGAAGCCUCCACCCGAGGAAAGGCUGAUAUGAGUGAGACGGACAGACAGUGGUUUUGUUCCUGCCCACCACUGGUGGUGCGGCAACGGUGGCAGUGGUGCUGCUCUGUCCUUGCUCUAGCUUCACUCCACUUUUGAACGGCGCGUCUACUUCGAGAGACGGGUCGUAUUCGUCCAGCAAAGACUACGUUGUGUUCUCUUGGAAAGAAGGCGUGACACUUCACUCAUUGAGCAUGUCUUUGUGCUGGGAAGGCAUUGUUGAAUCUUUCAACAGCUGCACACCUCUGGCGACAAAGUUCCAGCCUUGAUUUCUUUUCACUGAACUCAAGCUCGUGUGCCACAAUGCGAAGGAUUCGGUUCACUUGUAGACUUAUAUUCUCCUUCCUGAUGCCUGCAUGUUUCUCCUUUUUGUUUACAGUCUUGGCUCUGAGUCUUAUCUACAGUCAUGGUUCUUUACCACACUUUUAUCAUCAGAUCUCUACAGCUGGAAUGUCAUCAUUUUCUUUCCCUUAGCUUCACUGGCAAUUACACCUUCCCUUCUGUUUCCUGUGAGCAAGAUGUUACUUGUUUUGUUUUUUUCGUAUGAGGAGACUGUAUUGCUUAUGCAAAUAGUGCUACUGUGAGCCAAACAACUGUGAGCAACUCCUUGGUCCCAGCAGUGACCGGGCUCCAAGAUUCACAGCUGUUAGUCUGUCUCACCACCUACAUUCAACCACUUUCACGUCAUUUCUUACCGGCAGUGCUUCUUUCUUUGGGUUUGUGAGCAGAACAACCUUUCUUUUGCAUCACCAUCCAAAACGGUCAACUCGUGGCCACAAGGUCUGUAACAACAAACUUGUCUGGCCUGAGAGUCGAGUUAUCAAAAACAGAAAAAGACUGGGAUCUCCAUCUUUCGUGUUGCUUGAAUGCUGGCAUCACCACUGCCAUCAUGGUUGUUUCAUCACCAUGGCAGCCACAUUGUGAUCCCAUCAGCACCGCAUUGCCUUUUCAAGCUGUGCCUGAAGCUCCAGAAGAGCAGCUAUGACCACCACCAGCACCAUGGGACCAAGUGUGCUUGUGCUUUACUUUUCUUUCAAAAGCUUCUCGGGACACUGAUGUGCUGUGGGAUGUGCAUGUUAACAGACCUAACCUGUGACAAAGUCUUAGACUGUGGAGGGUUCCUAGGGUGCAGGGCAGCUCACACUCAAGAUGAGUUGGCACUGUGCAGGAAACUGUGGCAAAAUGUUUUGGGCUCUGCGACAUACUGCCUCAGAUGUGAGUUCCUACGGUGCUAUGAGCAGCGAGUGGCAUUGCCUUUGGAGCGAAAGGCACAGACAUCGCUGUCAACACCAGGACUCUAGAGUGUUGCAGUCCCAUUGGCUGCCUGUUUUCUAUGUUACGAACUGGCCAUGCUUGUUUGUGUCGCACUUGUUGGCCUUCUAUACACAUUGUCAUUGACCACAAGGAUAACUUUUCAGCCAAUGAAAUGCCUCCAUGUAGACAUGUUCGGUCUCUUUUCAGAGCACUGUUACCUGAUACAGAGAUGUAUGGGUGCAUUUUUCAGAUUUAUAUUUCUGUUCACUGCAUGUAUAGUACUUUGAAAUAAGGUCUGAUAUCACUGAUGCGCUUUCCCUCAUUCCGUCCAGCACACUCAAUGUGCAACUCUUGCCAAAGCACCUAUAUCAUGUUGGCUUUCUGUAGAUACUAAUUAAAUGCUAUGAUAGGAAAUCUACUGUGUACAAAGCAAACCUUAUUGUAAAGAAUGUGCAACAGUUGCAAGGCAGAACACUGGAGAAAAUAGAAAUGGCACAAGACUUUGAAGGUGAUCGACAAUAAUUUCGCACUACGCAGGACAAGGCAAAACAACGCACGUGUUGCUUUGUCUAGCUCUCUGUCCUAUGAGCUGUUUUUAUUCUUGACAAUGCUGCAUCAACUGCAGUGCGAAGAUCAGUGCAGAGAAUUGCCUAAUCCAAAGGAGAAGCUGGUAAUAUUUAUGAAGUUCCUGCAGCUGCCAGAGAGGCAAGUUUUCCAUUUGGCGUACCAACACACUCGGGGUUUAUAGCGUGGGAGUUUUAGCUCAGACAUGCUGGGAUGAGUGCAGAGACUGGACUCGCAAGAGUGCCAAGGCCUGCACUUUGAAUCAAUAGCGUGAAUGAGAGGGAGUUUUACUUAAGUGUUAUGUUACGAGGGGAUGUUAGAACAUGCUAUAUUAGGUUUAUAAAUGUUGAGGUGUUUCAUGAAACAGUUUUUUCAGCCUAGCAUAGCUGUUAUAAGCUUGCAAGCACAAAAAAUGCAGCUUUGGCAAAUCUUAUCUUUUCUGAGCAAUAUUUGUAUUGUUUGUUACACGGGCCAUCAUAGUGCUAUGUCUUGGCAAUCUGCUACUUCAUUCAGAAGGCCACAAUUUGUGGUAUGAGGAGGGCCAAUUGCAGGUUCUUGUUGGCACUGCGAGGCCCGAAAUGAACACACGAAGCUGAUGGACAAAUGCCCUAGACGGAGCGGCGUGCUUCUUGUAAUGUCAGUCCCUACAGUUUCUGUUUAGCUUAUGGAUAAUGGUUUGAAUGCUAUAAAAAACUCAAGUGUUCGCCCUCUCUUGAAAGUAUAUUUGAGCAAAACAGUUUUUCACAGAUAGUACCAGUCCUUUAAUUGUGCAGUGUAACCUUGAUAUCUGGUUUGAGUGAGGGAACAAUAUUUGGUUACUGUCAAACCUUUAAAGCAAAGUGCUUGGGACUUUCAGAAUACAUUGUUAUACUGGUCACUUUGUGUUAAGAUUAAUCACCAAAAUGCUGAAAAAUUGAAGCGUAAACAUAAAGAAUCCGUUGUAUAGGUAAAAUCAUCAUAGAGGCAGUCAAGUGCAUUAUUUUCUUUCAUUGAGGGAAAAAAAAAGUUCAUGCCAACUUGUAAAGUUUACUCCGCUCGUCUCUCGGUGACCAUGCAAUAUGUCGUUGCAGCACUUGUGAUCAAGAAUCUCCUGUUUGCAGUCUCACACUUUUAAAUUAGACUGUUAUGAAACACUCGUCUAGGUGGAACAAGUUGCUGCUGGCUGUUUGACUUUUUAAACUUUACUUGGGCAAAUGUGGUGCGGACUAAGCAGUUGCCUGUUUGGCAUCUGCGUUUUUGUUCAUGCUGCGGCCUUUUAGUAUUGACACUUUAUAUUUGUCCUAUUAGUAUAAAAAAAUGGUCUUUUGAAUGUGAUUCAAAAAAGGAAGGAUGGUGCAAACGACAUGGAGGGGGCACAAUGCAGUAGAUAUGUGCUCGCAGCUGAAUUCUUGACGUACCGUAUUUUCAUUUUCGUGGGCAUUUGGUGCACAAAUUGCUCAAGCUUACGCGGCUACAGCACUUGCUACGCUCCUGCAUGAAAGCAUUCACACAGCUUAGCCUCUGGUUUUGAUUCUUCGCAUUUGUGCUUUGUUUUUCCAGCAUUAUAUACACUGAGAGCUGUGAAAAAAAAUUUUUUACAGUCUGCAUUUCAAGGACCUGCUUUGUGAAAAGUUCACUGUUUGCGGUGUCAUUGCAUAUUGGCCGAUCAGUAUCAACGUCUCGUGCUGAUGUCAUGCUUUUCGCAAUUAGCAGCAGCGUUUAUGAAAAGAGCAGGUUUAAUGUAGGCAAGAAAAGUUUUUGUUUUCUUUACUAGCUUUUUAACCAGACCAUGAUAUCCACCCUUACCUUGUCUGUCCUCCGUAGGCACAGUUGGGGCCCCAAUUUUGCCAAAGAUGUUGACUGCACCAGGAAAAACAAAAAGAGCUGUUCUCACUUUAUUUGUUCUGAGAAUAUUGUUGCCCAAACCUUGCACAAUGAGCAUACACAUUUUACUGGGUCAAAUUGCACACUUGUCAGGUUAUACGUGUGUACGUGUUUUUAAUAUGUUACUGCUACGGUCCUCUAAUUGCUCAGGGAAGUUAACGCUGCAGUUUUUUUUUUCUUUGCUUGUCACCAUGCCAACGCUUGAGGAGCACUUGUCAUGCGAGCUGUGUCUGGCUCAGCUACAACUGCUGCAACAUCCCACUGCAGUGACGAUUAGGUCCGGGGCCUCAGAAGUGCCAUAGUGUAACUUGUGUAGUCCGGUCAGUGGAGUAAUUAUUUCAUAUUUUCAUGACCCAACAUCAUCAUUUAAGCAACCAUGCGGCGAAAGCCACUGUCCACUCUGAUUUUGUCGGUUACUGAUGAGACUAUGGAGGCUUUGAGCAUUGCUGCGUAGCAUGUUAUGAAGGCACUGAAUAUUUAGAUGAUGUUCACACUAGCCAAAUGUGGCUCUGAUUUGGCCUACUUUGAUGGAGGCUACCUUUCUGAUCACAGUAGUGCUACAUAAAUGCUGUGCAGCUUGAAGUCACUGUGCUUAUAGAGCUGCAUCAAUUGGAAACAGACCAACACACACAACAGUGGUAUGUUGUGUGUGUGUGAUUCUCUUUUUUUUUCAAGCAAUGCACUUUUGCAAUUGUGGCAUGACCAGAUUACAUUAAUUUUCUUGAAUGCUUAUACACACGUAAGCUGUGAGUGCACAUUGUAAUUGCAAAAUACGUUUACACGACAGUGUUUCAUGCCCUCGGUAUGGUGGCAUACCAUUGUGAAGCUAGCGCCUCGUGGCAGCUCACAUGCAGUUUGGAAGGUCUACACGGUGGUGUUCUGAUGAUGGAAGCAUCCAGUUGUGGUUCCUAGUGCUGCGAAUGCUGCAUGUGUUCUGUUUAGCGCAUUCUUGCUUACAUUUGAGCCAGACCCAAUUCCCCGUGGGUGCACGUUUAUGCAUAUGUAAUCUGGAAUGGUUUGCGUGCAGCUUUUAGACAAUAAAUCUAUGUAGGGCAUGGGCUGGACAUGAAGAUAUCUGCACCAGAUUCUCUCUGGCCCACUUGCUCCAAUGUAUAAUACCAAAUGCAGUUCUGUUCUCACUGCCGCUCUUCUCACAAAUGUGCAAAUUCAACUGUAGUACCAUAUAAUCUUGCACUCUGACUUGGAGGUUUUAUACUGUUUAAAUGUGAGCCAUGAUGUGGUUGUUUAUUUUAUACUUUUUGAAGAAGUCUAUUUACCACAGACACAAGAACACAUUCCACCUGUUUAAAUGAAUGUGGAUGAAUGUACUAACAAAUGUGCAAAUUGUGUUUCAGUGGCUGAAUGCCAUGCUUGAAGUGUUGAUGGAAAUUUACUACGGGUGUGUAACUUGUGCAUGUUUUUUGUGUGUGAUUUUUUUUUCCUCAACAGAGGUCUGUUGCUUUUGAAGCCAUCACUGAGCUCGCAACACACUUCUGCUAUUCGCACUUGUGAUUUCUGACUGGAAUUCAGUUUACCUGUUGCCCAGUGGCACUAGAGUUUUCACAUGUAAAGGGUUUGUAAUGUUUAGCUGGAAUAAAUGGGGCAUUGCAAUUGAGUACAAAUGAAAUUGUAUUAAUUCGGUGCUUUAAAAAAUAGUUCUCACAUUAAAGGACAGUCGUGCCCCCAUGUAGGCUUUAGAACUUGAAGGUUGCAGGUUCAAUCCCGGCUGCGCCGCUAGCAUUUCGAUGGAGGCAAAAUACUAAAAGUCCGUGUAGUC